AUGUCCAUCUUCAAACAUUAUGCUGUCUUGCUCGUGGGGUGGGCAGCUUGCGCUGCGGCUGAUUUUGAGCUAUACAAAUUAUAUGAUGAAGACGCCUUGAUUGCAGGGCUGGCUCUGAGUAGCACAUGCCUUGCAGCGUUAAACACCACUGUCCAUUGCGAUGAAGCUAUGAUAAAUUUGGUAGGGAACGGGGCGGACAUUCAUUACUGGACAACCAGCGACAUAAACAGCCUCUGUACCUCAGAUUGCGUCUCGUCGUUGAGUUCCUGGAAAAGCCAUGUCGAGACAGUCUGUACAGACGAGACAACGAUCCAAGCCGGCAUGAUUGUCCAGGCCAAGGCGCUCCCGUUGGCUUUCACCUACAACGCCGAGCUCGUAUGUAUGCAAGACAGCGCGUCUAAUUGGUGCUUCUUAGAAUCGCAGACAUGGCAAGGAAGCGACUAUAUUCGCUAUGACCCGACCAUGUGCUUCAGCGACGGCGACGACAACAGCACGAUAGCACCAGAGUGCGCCGACCCGGACUUUGACUUAGAUACUAUCUCUGACGAUAUGGCGGCCAUGACUAACUUAUAUGGUGACGACUUGUACUGUAACGAAUGCUUCCUGGAAGUGUUUCGGCAACGGCUGCUUGAUCCCUGGCUGCCCGUUAGCAACUUCACCAAUUACUUGAUCGAUCAGUUCGACGAUGUUCAGAAGAACUGCUCCACAACGCUGUCUUACACCACUUCGGCGCCGACAUUAUAUAUAGGUUCGGCAACGGCUACCACCACUUCUGGAGGCGGAACAUCGGCGACGACAACAGGUUCGGCUCCGACGGCAACAGGAACUUGCCUAGGUCAGACCAUACAGCCGAUAGCAAAUUGGCUGACUUGCAAUGAUCUUUCCGAUACGUAUAACAUAUCAACAGGUGAUGCUCGAGUAGUCACCGGGGACUACACCUGCUAUUUCAACCAACCACUCUGUUUCCCCCUCCCGUGUGAAGUAGACACGGUCUGGGACAGCCCGAGUUGUGACGAUCUCGCCAAGAAGUACUCCAACUCAACGUACGAAAUCACCACGGAGCAAUUUCUCAGCUGGAACACCAACAUCCAGGGCAGCUGCACCGGAAUCGCCCCAGGCCAGCGCGUGUGUAAGAGGCAAGUCCAAGCCCCCAAAUUCAGAGUAGAAUCCGUUAUAUCAUUGACACUAACCCCUCGAAACAGCGCGCCAGGAGGGACAUAUCCCAAGCCAAACGCGACAAUCACCGCGCCCGGCGCAACAGGGUCGCCGACAUACUACACGGCCGCAACGCCAGCCUACCCAACACAGAGCGGGACCAUCGAGCAAUGCGGGGACUACUACCUAGUAAUAGCAGGCGACAGCUGCUGGACAGUAGACCAGCGGUUCGGGCUGAACUUCAGCCAACUGCAAUCAUGGAACACGUACCUAACCGACGACUGUCUGAACCUCUGGCUCAAAUACGACGUCUGCGUCGCCCCCGUAACGCCACAAACCGUAUCAACAGACGGGACAUGUUCCGCAGGCGUAACCUGCGUGAACAGCGGCUUCGGGGACUGCUGCUCCGCAUACGGGUUCUGCGGGACCGGGACAGAGUACUGUGGCAGCGCUAGCAACGGGACCGACACACAAGACGGGACAUGCGGGCCGGAGCACGGGGGCACGACGUGCACGGCGCAGUUCGGCACGUGCUGCAGCAUCUACGGGUACUGCGGCAACGGCACGGACUACUGCGGCCCGGGCAACUGCUACUCGGGGGCCUGCGACCCGGACAGUGGGGGCCCCUCGACGAACGGGGAGUGUGGCCCGAAUUUCGCUGGGAAUAAGACGUGUACCGGCACCCAGUUCGGGACGUGUUGUUCGACUUCGGGCUUUUGUGGGAGCUCGAGCGAGUAUUGCGCUGGUGGUAAUUGUUAUAGUGGUGCUUGUACGGCUUGAGGGGUGUGUGUUGAGGAUGUGUAGGUAGGUAGGUACUUACCUAGGUACUUAGUAUUUAUCUAUAGUAGCAUUCAAGAAGUUUCGAAGUUUUUACAUUCUA